UCCUCCCACUCCUUUCCUCUUAGGCGUCGGAAUGGAUUCCGACAACAAUGAACGGUCCAGAUCAUGCCACGUGGUGGCCGUGCCAUUCCCGGGAAGGGGCCACGUCAACCCCAUGAUGAACUUCUGCGAGCUGCUAGUUUCAAGACGAGACGACAUACUUAUCACCUUCGUCGUCACAGAGGAGUGGCUCGGCUUCAUCGGCUCCGACAAUAACCCACCUCGCAUCCGAUUCGGCACGAUUCCCAACGUGAUCCCGUCCGAGCGAGUUCGCGCCGACGACAUACCCGGGUUCAUCGAAGCAGUGUUGACGAAGAUGGAAGGUCCGUUUGAGCGGCUCCUCGAUGGGUUUGAGCUACCGGUAACCACCAUAGUAGCUGAUACAUUUUUGUUCUGGCCGGUUCGCAUUGGGAAUCGCAGGAACAUUCCGGUGGUUUCGUUCUGGACGAUGGCGGCGUCCGUGUUCUCCAUGUUCCACCAUUUUGAUCUCCUUUUGCAGAACGGGCAUCAUCCCAUUGAUAUAUCAGAAAGGGGAGAUGAACGUGUGGACUAUAUCCCUGGACUUUCUCCAACGCGCAUAGCAGAUUUUCCGGCAUUACUCCACCAUAAAAACCCAAUCUUGCCUCGAACAAGAGAAGUACUUUCAUGGGUGCCCAAAGCUCAGUAUCUUGUGCUGGCUUCCGUCUAUGAACUGGAAGCUCAAGUCAUCGACACUCUAAAAUCAAUAUUCUCGUUCCCCAUCUAUCCCAUCGGUCCUUUAAUACCUUAUUUCAAACUCGGAGACAGGUCCUCCGUAGCUACUGCUGCGGAUGACCUCCACUACUUCCAGUGGUUGGACUCCCAACCUUGUUGCUCCGUCUUGUACAUCUCCUUUGGAAGUGUUGCUUCAGUCUCGAGUGCCCAGAUGGAUGAAAUUGCAGCUGGGUUGCGCGACAGCUGUGUUCGGUUCUUCUGGGUGGCACGUGGGGCAACUUCACGGCUGAGAGAGGUGUGUGGGGAGACGGGAUUGGUGGUGCCUUGGUGUAAUCAAUUGGAGGUGCUCUCACAUUCUUCUAUAGGGGGAUUCUGGACCCAUUGUGGAUGGAACUCCACCGUCGAAGGCCUUUUUUCUGGGCUUCAUUUUCUCACUUUUCCCGUAGGACUUGAUCAAGUUUCAAACAGUAAGGCAAUUGUGGAGGAUUGGAAGACUGGGUGGAGGGUGAAGAGAAAUCAGCCGGCCGGAGCUGAAACUUUGGUGACGAGAGAAGAAACUGUCGGGAUUGUGAAAAGGUUUAUGGACUCGGAAAGCAUUGAGGUGAAGGAAAUGAAGAGAAGAGCAAGAAAACUUCAGGAGAUUUGUCGACAAGCAACUGGGAGAGGUGGAUCCUCCGAAUCCAACAUCAAUGCUUUUAUUAGCGACAUUACGCAACUCCCCAGCCAUUAAGCAGAUUUCAGAGUGAUAAUAAUUUCAAAAUCAAUGAAAUGAUGUCAGAGCUCUACAGCUUCAUUGUUACUAAAUGAUUUGAAUAUAUGUUCUCAAUAUGCUUUUAAGUUAUUGAAUAAAAGAACAUAAAUGGCCUCCCAGCUUGAAUGAAGUGAGAGUCUGCUUUCUCAAA